AUGUCGCUACUUCGAAAGCCGCUAAAGCAAUACCCUUGGCUUCCAUGGUCCAUUCGUAACAUCUAUGACUGGCUCCAUUACUCUGAGCCCACCUGGGGCUAUACAAUCUACCGGACGACCUACACUCCCCAAUCUAAUGCCGCUUUCCCGCGUAUGGUCGACCUCACCACGAAGUACAUGAAGAACGGAUUCUACGGGGAAUACGAACCAUCCCUUCGCGAAAGAUCCAAUGCAAAUGAGUUCAACAUCACUCCCUAG